GUUCUCAAAUUCUCACAAGUUUGGUGUCCUGCCAGAAAACGUUUGACGAAUGUAAAGUCCAUGGUAUUUUCAGUGAUGUCACAAUAUCCUCAGGAAUGAAGGCAGGAUUGUAUAUCCCCUACGAUAAUCCAAGCGAUCUUGCGCAGAUGACUGUGACAAAGUGUACAAAGUAUUGUUGUAAAAAGCCCGGCAUAAUCGACAUCGUGUUUCUCUUGAACAAAUACUGUUAUUGUGUCAGUUGCUAUUCAGUCAAGCUCUGUCGACUCUUCUCCAUCGACCCACCCGAGGGAUUCCAUCCCGUUGCUGUAGUACUAAACAAAGAUAUUGUGGCGACGUUGGUUUCUCCGACAAGCUCUCAAAGAAGGCCAAAUCCUUGGAUGUCUGGCUCUGGAAGAGUCUUCACUAACCAUCUAUUUACAAAGAAGUUGUCGCCCACAAAACUAUCUGUGUCAACCCGUCAUGUAUGGAAUGCAGCUACGAGAUUCGGACGAGAACGUGAAGAAAGAAGGCAAAGUACCACUAACAAAGUUACAUUACCACCAAUACCAGUGCCAACCUCUUUUCCAACAUCCCUUAGGCCAACGAGAAUAGCAAUCAAAGAGAGAACAGUGGAAGGCAAAGGGAAUGAAGAUAUUUCUAUCCAGUGCCUCGGUACUUUCAAAAUCACACGCGUCUUGGCGUUUGGUAUCGUAGGAGACACAAAGACUGUCACCGAUUUUGAUCGAUAUUGUCAAGCUAAUAUCAAGGACGUGGAUAAUGCUAAAAUUUGCAUCAUCAGUCUCAAGAGGGUCUACAAAACUAAUUAUCCUCCGUUUAUAAGCACUAAGGUUACGUAUAAGUGCACCUACUUUACACGAAACUGAAUCUGUCUGACGAAAUGCCGUUACUCCGGCUUUAUAAAGUAGCACUCAACAACAAUACCAGAGAAUCGAGUUGCCCCGUUAUUUUCAAACAAAAACUUAAAAAGGACAUAUCUCAACUAAAGAUGUAAUAACUCUUUCCAGUCAAAAUAUUAAAUUAUGUAAUAAUUAGCUUAGUAGUAGAUAAGAUCGAGAGAAUGAGAGAGAGAGAGAGAGAGAGAGAAUGCGUGUGGGUGAGAGUGAGAGGACUAGUAUAGCUUAGGACCUAGGAUUAGAACACGACCACAUCAGCUACGCUGUAUAUAACAUAUCGUGUAUAAAUAAAUAUUAUUAUUAUUAUUAU